AAGCUACAUACCUCAACAUACCAGCAACAUCGAAAUGGAGCGACCUGCGAAGCGCCGUAAAGGCGAAAAACAUGCUCACAACCCUGAUUUAAUCAUGGUUGGUGGGAGAUUGGUGGAUAUGGGAUUCUCCAGGGUAAAGAAAUCGGAUGAUGCAGGAAAACCCAAACCUAAGGACCAGGACCAGGACCAGGCGCAGGAAGCCAUGCAGAAGGCAAAAGCCGAGCCUGAGUCUGGCAACGCUAAAACCCACAAGAAAUAUCGGAAGAGCGACAAUUCAAGGGAGAAUGGCACGACGCAUGUCAAGAAAGGCCCGGAGGCGGACUCGCCUCUGCUGAAGGCCCGCAAACAAUUGCCCAUUUGGUCGCAUAAAGACCAAAUCACUUCAAGUCUUAGAAACAACGAUGUUCUUCUCGUCGUUGGAGAGACUGGUUCGGGAAAGAGUACGCAAGUUCCACAAUUCCUUUGCCACGAACGCUGGUGCCAGAGAAAGAAGAUCAAGGUGCCUGGGCAGUCGGACCUGGUCAAUGUUGGCGGAGUGGUCGCGAUCACCCAACCACGUCGUGUGGCAGCAACUACCCUCGCAAACCGUGUCGCAAAGGAAAUGGGCACACCCCUCGGAUCGACAGGUGGGACACGCGAGGGUGCCGUUGGUUACUCCGUCCGAUUCGACCACAAUGUUCCCAAGGGUACUAAGAUCAAGUUCCUAACCGAGGGUAUGCUGCUCCAGGAAUUGUUGAGGGAUCCGAAUCUGCGACAGUAUAGUGCUGUAGUGGUGGACGAGAUCCACGAGAGGAGUGUGGACGUCGACUUGAUAGCUGGAUUUCUGAAACAGAUCGUCACUGGUAACAAGGCCGGUCGUGGUGGCUUACCACUGAAAGUUGUUGUCAUGAGUGCCACGGCCGACGUCGAGAAGCUCUCGGAUUUUUUUAAUCCAGCUGCAGAGACUAAACCAGGGGAUGAAUCCUCAGUGCAAGUCAUGCGUAUCAAGGGACGACAGUACCCAGUAGAUAUCAGGCAUACUCCGUCACCAGUACCAGAUAUACGGGAAGCACUCUACAACCAGAUCAAGAAGAUUCACGAGCAGGAACCCCUUCCCGGUGAUAUUCUAACAUUUCUCUCUGGACAAGAAGAUAUCGAAGCACUUCAGCGACAAAUAGAGGAAUACGGAGCAUCACUAGCCUCGGAUGUGCCCAAAAUUAUUGCCUGUCCGCUGUAUGGACAACUAUCGGUUCAGGCACAACAGGCAGCUUUCCAACCAGCACCAACAAGGUUCACGAGAAAAGUUAUCCUGGCCACCAAUAUUGCAGAGACGUCCGUCACAGUUCCUGGUGUCCGACAUGUGAUAGAUGGUGGUAAGGCCAAAGUCAAGCAAUUCAGAUCUCGACUAGGACUGGAGUCCCUGCUGGCCAAGCCAAUAUCCAAGUCAUCCGCUCUUCAACGAGCUGGUCGUGCUGGACGUGAAGGCCCUGGAAAAUGUUUUAGACUCUAUACCAAGGAGACAUAUGAAGCUAUGAAAGAUGCUGAUCUCCCUGAAAUCCUACGGAACGAUGUCCUUGGAGCAGUGUUGACCAUGAAGGCACGUGGUAUCAAUGACGUUUUCUCAUUUCCUUUGAUGGACUUUCCCGACGUCGACUCAGUCGAGAAGGCACUUAUACAACUACAUUUCUUGGGCGCAAUUGGCGACGAUGGAGCAAUCACUGAUAUUGGAAGAAAAAUCGCUCUGUUCCCCGUUACAGCGCCAUACGGUCGCGUCCUUCUGGCGGCUGCUGAUCCUGAAUACGACUGUCUCCUCGAGGUCAUCGACAUCAUAGCUUGCAUCACUUCAGGCGAGACCAUCUUUCAUCAGCUGAAUAUGGAAGAGGAACAACAAGAAACUGAAGACAUGCGUAAAGCACUCUAUCGGCGAGAAGGCGACAUCUUGACAUACCUUACGACGAUGCAGCAAUACACGGCAGAGCAUGCAGACCGAGUCGAUUGGUGCAAGAAGCGCAAAGUCAACGUUCGCAAUAUGAGGCAGGCAUUGAACAUCCGUAAUCAGCUACGGAGCCAGUGUCUAAAGGACAAGCUGCUGAAAGAGAAGCCUGAGCCGGAUCCCGUACCAUUUGUCCCGAUGGCCCCGGAGCGAGCAGAAGCACUGCUGAAAUGUUUCUUGAAGGGUUUUGUUACCAAGUGUGCUCUGCUUGCGCCAGAUGGGAGCUACGUCACUACGCAAGGGAAGCACAUAGUUGCAAUACACCCAUCGAGCGUCUUGCACGGACAAAAGAAAGAGGCUAUCAUGUUCUUGGAACACGUUUUCACUCAGAAGAAUUACGCAAAGAAAGUUAGCGCAAUUCAAGCGGACUGGGUUAUCGAGGCGCUCGGAGGCAAUUAGGAGCGUUAGGAAGGCGAGGAGAGGGAGCAUAGCCGUUGCUAGUAGGAAUGACAUAUAUACCCUUAGUUUUGUAUUGAGCUACAAUUCAUGGCUGGUUAU